AUGUCAGUGUUUGAACCAUUUCAACAACAAUCGUCUCCACCUUCAAUGAAUUCGCCAUCACAUGUAGUGACAGCCGCAGCAGUACCACCAUCUCAACCGACAAUGCCAAUGAUAUCAAUCACACCACCAUCAUUCGAAGAAGAAGCCAACAAGACAGAGGAGGAAGGAGACCAAGAUCAACAAUCAUCACUACUGCCACCAAGUAACAGAAAAAGAAGUAUAUCAGUGUCAAUACCAGACUUGAACUUGCUGUCACAUCAGGUUGCCGGUCAAGCACCACUGUUCAAACUGCCGGAUGGCAAGGUGCUGAAGCCUCUGGUGUCGACAGAGUAUCAAUUCUACAACUCAUUGGAGUCACAUCCCGAGUUCUUGGACUUUACACCCAAGUACUAUGGUGUGAUUGACCUCAAAUCAUUGGAUCACGACUAUCUGGAACAAUCAUGCAAGAACAGUUCAUCCUCUUCAAUAUUCGACUAUGAUCACUGGAGGAACAAACUUGUAAAGAUGCCAAAGGAGAAUCAGAAUUUGUAUAUAAAGAUAGAAGACUUGACAUUCUUAUGUAAACAUCCAUGUAUACUUGAUCUAAAGAUGGGAACGAGGCAACAUGGAGUCAAUUCACCAAUUGAGAAGAUAACAAAGAUGGAACAAAAAUGUCGUGCCACAACAUCCUCUGCACUAGGCUUCAGAGUAUGUGGUCUAAAGGUAUUCGACCAGAACACUUCAGAGUAUCAAGCGUUUGAUAAAUAUUAUGGCAGACAGUUGCGAGCCAAUGAUGUACCGAUGGUCAUAUGCAAGUUCCUAGACAAUGGCGUUAGACUUAGGACUGAGCUGCUGACGGCCAUUUCAAAGAGGUUGGCACAGUUUGUCACACUGUUUGAACAACAACAAUGCUACAAGUUCUACGGUGGUUCAUUGUUGUUCAUCUACGAUGGCAGCAGUAACAAUCUUCAAGACGCCAAGUUAAGCAUCAAGAUGGUGGACUUUGCACAUGCCAGUCCGACCAUUCAUAAUGGCAUUCAUGACAAGUCAACACCAACAUCACCAUCAUUAUCAACUUCAACAUCAUCAUUAUCAACAUCAACAUCAGAGUGUAGUAAUACCAACAACAACAAUAUUGAUGAAGGAUAUCUGUUUGGAUUGAAGAACCUUCUAAAGAUUGUAAACUCAUUGAUACAGCUGUCCAACUCUUCAGUAAAUCAGAAUACGAUAUAG